GGUAAAUCAAUCAGUCGUAUUCAGAGCCUUCACAGGGACUGUAUUGAGGAUCGGAUUUGGUCUUUCAGCUGCAGGUCGAACGCAGCAGCCCAAAGCUGCUCUUGGACACCAACUCUAAAUACUUAUGACAACGUCUUGGACUACAAUUGUCCACAUGAUGGUUUUAUUACAGGCAUAAUUAGUUGGCACCAUAACUAUUAUGAGGAUCGCAGGUAAUAUAUUCUCUCCUUAAAUUUAAAAAAAAAAUGAAGGGAUAUAAAGAGGUAAAAAACGCAAAAGGACGAAAAUUGUUAUAUAUUGCUAAAAUAACGAGAAAUUAGAGGGGGUGUUUAAAACUUUUACGAAAAUCGGAAAAGAUAGUAUUCGGGGUUGUUAAAAAUUAGAAUAUGAAAUGAUUUAUUAGUAGACAAAUACAAGAUGUCCAACACCAUAGCAAGGUGGUUCUUGCCCUUUAGCAGACUAACUGGGUUAUGUGUAAACCUUUCUGCUACCCUAAUUUAUUCUCAAAUCAAUCAAUCUCUAUUUUUUUCAGACAAGAUAAAACGGGCACAAGUUGACCCGAAUUUUCAAGAGAAUUUAACAUUUUCUCUUGCAGGUUUCAGUUCAGGUGUUGCCAUAGCCACCGCUACAGACGCACGAACUGUCACUACACGCAUUUUACAACAAUGGACCACCCUUUUAAUUAUUACGUCCCUUAUGGCUACUAUUUAGCAGGAGCAUACAGCGUUCACUCUGAUUACUAUGAGUAA